UGCGCCGCAAGCCCCGCGCGGCGGCGGGCGCAGCCAGAUCCCUAGUUUCUACCUUCUCCUCCAGCUGUCUAGUCCAUCACCUUCUGGCCGGGACCAGGCUGCCCAUUUCUGGACUUGAGAGGUUUUGGUGGCAUUUUUCAUUUUUUCCCUUCUUAAACCUUGUUUCACGGGGAGGGGGCGUGGCAGGGAAGGAUGAGAAACUCGGUUCCUUUGCUCUGCUUCUGGAGCGUCUAUUGUUGCUUCGCGGCGGGAAGCCACAAGUCCUUGGGUCCCCAGGGGCCCCUGGAAGAUGAGUUUCACAAACCCAGUGGGGUACAGGCUACAGUCAAACCUCCUGUGACUUUUAACUUCCGCACAUCUAAGGACCCAGAACAUGAAGGGUGCUAUCUUUCUGUUGGGGACAACCAGCCAGUAGAAGACUGUGGCUUCAACAUGACAGCUAAAACCUUUUUCAUCAUUCAUGGAUGGACGAUGAGUGGCAUGUUUGAAAACUGGCUGCAUAAACUCGUAUCAGCCUUGCAGAUGAGAGAGAAGGAUGCUAACGUAGUGGUUGUUGACUGGCUGCCCCUGGCUCACCAGCUGUACACAGAUGCAGUCAAUAACACGAGAGUGGUGGGACACAGUGUGGCAAUGAUGCUUGACUGGCUGCAGGAGAAGGAAGAUUUUUCUCUUCAGAAUGUUCACUUGAUUGGCUACAGCCUUGGCGCACAUGUGGCUGGAUAUGCUGGCAACUUUGUGAAAGGAACAGUGGGCAGAAUCACAGGUCUAGAUCCUGCUGGACCCAUGUUUGAAGGAGUGGACAUCAACAGGAGGCUCUCCCCAGAUGACGCAGACUUCGUGGAUGUUCUGCAUACCUACACACUUUCCUUUGGCUUGAGCAUUGGGAUUCAGAUGCCUGUGGGGCACAUUGACAUCUACCCCAAUGGUGGUGACUUCCAGCCAGGCUGUGGAUUGAAUGAUGUCUUGGGAUCAAUUGCAUAUGGAACAAUCACAGAGGUGGUGAAAUGUGAACAUGAGCGAGCCGUACACCUCUUUGUGGACUCCCUAGUGAAUCAGGACAAGCCGAGCUUUGCCUUCCAGUGCACAGACUCCAACCGCUUCAAAAAGGGGAUCUGUCUCAGUUGCCGGAAGAAUCGUUGUAAUAGCAUUGGCUACAAUGCUAAGAAAAUGAGAAACAAGAGGAACAGCAAAAUGUACCUAAAAACACGGGCCGGCAUGCCUUUCAGAGUUUACCAUUAUCAGAUGAAAAUCCACAUCUUCAGUUAUAAGAGCAGGGGAGAAAUCCAGCCCACCUUCUAUGUCACCCUGUAUGGCACUAAUGCCGACUCCCAGAUUCUACCGUUGGAAAUUGUGGAGCCCAUUGGGCUGAAUGCCACCAAUACUUUCCUGGUUUAUACUGAAGAGGACUUGGGUGAUCUCUUGAAGAUCAGCCUCACCUGGGAGGGGAUAUCUCAGUCCUGGUACAACCUAUGGAAGGAACUUCGCACCUACCUGUCUCAACCCAGCAAUCCUCAUCGGGAGCUGCACAUCCGACGGAUUCGUGUCAAGUCUGGGGAAACCCAGCGGAAAAUGACAUUUUGUGCACGAGACCCUGAGAACACUAGCAUCCGCCCUGGGCAAGAGCUAUGGUUUCACAAGUGUCGGGAUGGCUGGAGAAUGAAAAAUGAAACCAGUCCCUUUGUGGAGCUGGCCUAAGGGGGCCAUGGAGUCCUGUAGCCUGUGCCCAAACCCUGCUGUCUACACACAUGGAGGAAAGUUACUGCUGAAGACCCACCUGAUGAAAAACCCCUCUCAGCCUUGAUCCUGGAGCCUUGAGAGGAGCUUGCUCACUGAGCUCACCUUUGCCCCCCAUGACAACUGUGACUUGUCCCAGAAGGGACCUGUGUACUGCUGAAGCUCCAGUUCAUUUAAACUCCAAACCUCUGUUGAUACCUCAGGAAGCUAGUCUGGAUUUGUGUGUGAGCACUGGAAUAGCCAGAGCUCUUGUGUACACUGGGUAGGUCUCCCUGUUGUUAGAUGAGCCCUGGAUUUGCCCAAUAACAGGGAACAUGGGCUCUGAAGUGGUUCUGUGUGGAAGGCUGGCAGCUGCUUGGUCUCACUGAGUCUCAGUCAAAGGUCUUUCCCCUGGGAACUGACUCAUAUCACAAUGACAGGCCUGUUACUUAAAGAGGGGGUGGUAGAUCAGGCUGGUGCUGGGGUCCUGUUGUGAGAGCUCUCAUGUGAUGCACUGAUGGGUACUGGUUCUAUCUUAGACAUUCCAUCCUGCUCUGAAGCUCACCUUCUGAAGCACACAUUGUUGGCAUUCUUUUUUACAUUACUCAUACUUUGACGAACAAAUGUUUAUUGGGUACUUCACUGUUUAGCACAUGGCAGUAGACAUGACUUAACUUCUGCAUUUUGAGCCGAUGGGGUUGAGGUCCCUAGAAUCCUUUCUGGUUUAGUGGUCCAUGAAUUUACAUGUGCUAAAACAGAAGGGGCCAAAGGGUGGGCUUCAGGCUGAAAUGGGUGGGGCUCCUGAGGCCUUCAUGUGCAUGUUCUCCAAGAGUGACAUGCUUGGUUACCAGAAGAAGGUCAUGUACACUGGUCCACAGUGGUUGUCAAUUGCUAGCUACAAUUGCUUUGGAGCAAAGUCUCUGUCUGCUCUUUAGGGAGCUAGGAGAUGUUAUAUGUAUUCUACUUACCUGCUAUGCAGAAACCAGCCCCUGUGGCCAGAGCUGGCACUGGGAUUUGAUACAGUGCUCAUUCUUACAUGAAAUAUUUUGCUUUUAUACCUUAUCUGUGUUAGACUUGGAAAAGCCUCCCAUUCUAGAUCUCGAUUUGAAUGAAUAAACACAUCUGAGACACCCUUUUCUAGUUUUCAGACAGUUUGCAUGUGUGUCACCUAAUUAGAGUGAGGGGAGCAGGACAGCCAUUAUUAAUCUUGUUUUACAAAAUCAAGGCUUGGUGAGAUUCAGCCAUCUGCCUGGGUUAUAUACCAAGGUGGUAGUGGGGCCAAAACUGAGGGCCCAGGCAGGUUUGCUGGAGGAAAGUUUGUGAAAUCCCCUCUGAAACUCCAUGAAGAUAUCUACAACCAUUUCCUACCAGUAUGCCCCAGAUGUGAUAAGCAAGAGUUUUUUUCAGAGCUACUCAUAAAAUCCCAAACCUUUGAUUAAUAUGUAACCAGGAGAAUGUGCCAAAAGGUUGAGUUUUUUAUGGGUGUGAUACUGGGAGGGGUAAGAGAGUGAUUACUUUGUGUAUUUAGGUUUUAAAGGACAUUAUUUGAAUCUGUACUGUGCCAAAGUUAUAUCACCAUUUAAUGCCAAACUUCUGAAGACAUAAGCAGUCAAGUCUUAAUUCAAAGUAUGCUCUCAAGUCCUCUGUGUGUUUCUGUGAUUGCUUUCUAGCCAAAGUGAAGCUUGUGUUACUGGCCAUGCAUCCUGGUGACUUUUGACUUCUGUUUUCAGGAAGGAAGUUUGGGGAACCGAAUCCUUACAGGUUGUGUAUUUAUCCAUAUGGCUUGAAGCCCUGUUUAUAUAUAAUGAAGCUUUUUUAAAAUGCUUAGAGCACUAUUUAUUUCCUAAGUGUAUAUCAUGUAUAAAGACAAAUGUAUGGUUAGUUUUUACUUUAAAAUUAACCAA